GUAAAAGGGUUUAACGUGGAGAUUACAAGAAAAGAAAGCCAUCAAUAACAAGAAACAUUACAAGAAUAGAAGAAGAAGAAGAAUAUUUUUUAACGUCCAUGGGACAAAACAGUCAGAGAAGAAGAUGGUUGUAAAAUAGCAUGAUAGAUUGAUUGAACGCAAGAUUUUGGGCUAAGAGAAAACACCUUAAGAUUUAUGGGCAGAUCGAACGUGAAUUAGGGUGGGUUAAUAUUAGCAAGUACAGAAUGGCGUUUCACUGGCAAACUGCAGAAGAGCAUUGGCUGUGCAACUUUAUUAGAAGCAUCAGAUCUUUCAUGCCAGUAUAUGGGUUUAUAUUGAAGACUUAUAUCAUUCCUUUCAAUGGUGGAAUUCCUCAUGGGGACGUCUUUUUCGUUCAGAUAUAUUGUGAUGGGCCAUACUGCAUGGAUUACCUGCGUGAGCAGCAUCUCCGUGCUCAAUCUUUUUACACUUUACAGCAUGCUAAGACUCCAGCUGUCAGAAGAGAGGAGAAUCGGCUUAUCCUUCUGCACCUCAUUGUUUCCACUUGUGAUCCCCACUGGAUUGUUGUUUAUAACUUUCUUUACCCUGGACCUUCAAGAACACUAGCUAAUCAUAGUUAUGGAUCCAGGAUUCCUGCUAGAGAAUUCUUGUUAUUAAGCUUUGCUAUUCUUUUCAGGAAUCGGGCCAGUCAAGCAGAAGGAAAUGAUUCUUUACAGCAAGAAAUGGUGUAGGAU